UUUACCCUUUCUCUGCUUGCUCUCUCCUUGUUAGCAGAACCAUUCCUUCACUGGCAUUAGAGCCCAUCUCCUUAAGAUUCCAGCAUAUACUGCAGACCAGCUGAGACACCAGCCUUGUGGAGUGAGCAACUACUUGAUUCUAGGACUUUCUAUCCAUAGCCAGUCAUUGUUGGAUUAGCUAGAGCACAACCUGAAAGGCAUUCAAUUAAAUCCCCUUUCAAUAUACACAGAGAUCCAUUUUAUAACGUCUGCUACUCUAGAGAGCCCUGACUAAUACACAGGCAUGGAGAGAGGACAGUCUAGAGCAGUUUGGGUCUCAUAACAGUCUCUGCUCACUUACAAAUUAUCAACAGCCACUUUCCCAUAACCUUAGCAUUCCCCAGGUGCUUUUUCACUUCAGAGGACUCAACCCUCCUCUUCCACAUCAUUCUGACUUAAUUUCUUGGCAUGCUUUAUUUCUCAUAUUAUUGAGUUCAGGAGGGGAAGGGCCGUUCUUGGGCAGUGCUUAAUAAGUCAAUUCAACUCUCCGUGGGCAGAGCAGUGAAAAGAUUCUAAUGAAGCAGAGAGAAAUCUCUAGUGUUGGAAGGAGGAAGUGCUGAAUGGCUUCCCUUAUGUCACAGGAAAGACUCAUGGAAUUGAAACUCAGCUUCUGGUCAGUUCAAGGAGCAAUAAUUAGCAAGAAGGUAAAGGCUGUGCCCGUGACAUCAGCAGUCCCCUCUCUGGAAAUUCUAUUGUAUCCUGGAGCUCUUGGAAUCCUGUGAUGUCACUUGUGUUGUAGCAACUCAACUGCCCUCAGGACGUUCGUUCAGUGGCUGUAAGAUUCGCUUAUAGACAUGUUGUCUAGACUGAGGAGACUACUUGCGAGAGAGAAUGGAGAUCAAGGAGAGACCAGAGGGAGGCAGAAGGAAGCAGGCCCUAGGUCUCAUCAGAAAACAGGAAGAAAUAAAUGGUCCUGGGGAAGACGCAGGACUACUGGGGAGGCACCAUCCCAACUCUCCACCUUCACUGAGAAGCAGCAGCAGAUGAAGAAGUUGGAGGAACUCACCCAUCAGUUACAUGAAAUGACAUGUGAGGCUGAUGAGCUGCGUCAAUUCUUGGCUAAUUACACCGACAAGGAUUUGAACAACAGGCUGAAUUUUGAGUUUGAGAUGCUCAAAAUGGAGCAUAACCAGGUGGUGUCUGACCAGCUGAAACUGCCCAGGGAGAUCAGUAAGGCUGUGGACAAGUGCAAUCAGCUGAUGGAGGAGACCGAAUCGGUCGGUUGCCGCCAUGGCCAGGUCCUACGAGAUCGGACUCAGCUGAAGAAAAAAGUACAUGUGUUGAGACUGAAGAACAUAUUGCUGCGGAAGGAGAAGAUUGAACUGCAAGAGACCUGUGAGGAGGCGAAGAGGCUCUUGAAGGAGGCGCAUGAGAAGAUCUGUGGUCCCUGUGCUGAGCAGCAGCAGGAGCAAGAAAGCCUGGAGGAAGGACUGAAGAAUGUCCUGAAGCAGAAGGAGCUGGUCACCCAGCACGGGGACCUGGCAGAAAAGCUGCAGCAUCAUCUCAGUGUCCCCGAGAUGAGCUCAGAAAAUCUCCAGUCAGAGCUGGAACGGGUCACAACCCAGGACAAGAGCUUCCUGCAGACAGAGCUGCAGCAGCAGGAGCACUAAGUCUCACAG